GUAAGUCGUUUCUAAUAAAUCGGCAUACCUGCUCCUCUCUUCCCUUCCCUUUCAGACUCAGUUGGCUCUUCCCAUUUGUCGCCAUAUUUAUCGAAGAAGAAGCCCAACGCAUCAAAAAGCAGAGCAACCCCUCCUUCAAUGUUCUUCCGAGCCCUCCAUUAAUCAAUCAAUCAAUCUCUCUCUCCCCCCCCCCCCCCCUUCAAGCACAAUGAAGUCGAAGCCGCCGUUCUCUUCUUCUCCUCCUACUCUUUCUUCUUCCUCCUCCUCCCCUGCCCUCAUCAGGAAGGCCCGCCUCUCGCCUUACCUCUUCGUCUUACUGGCCUUUAUCCUCUUCGUCUCCGUCCUCUACGGCGAGGACUUCGCCUGCAUCCUCAGCCCCCGCCCCGCACCCGACAGGGUCCUGCCCCGACCAGUACUCUCCAGAACCGAUCAGAAGGCGGAAGAUGACCGGGACGAGGAGGAGGCGGCGGUGGUGCCGUUUGCGGUGCGGAGGACGGCGGAGGGAGGUGGCGGCUGCGACUUGUUCAGCGGGAGGUGGGUCCGGGACGAGUUGACCCCGCUGCUGUACCAGGAAUCGGAGUGUCCGUACAUACAGCCGCAGCUGACGUGUCAGGAGCACGGCCGGCCCGACCGGGGCUACCAGUUCUGGCGGUGGCAUCCCCACGGCUGCUCCUUGCCCAGGUUCAAUGCCACACAGAUGCUGGAGUCACUGAGAGGGAAGAGGAUGAUGUACGUCGGAGACUCGUUGAACCGGGGACAGUAUGUCUCGAUGGUCUGCCUUCUCCAUUCACUGAUUCCUGAAGGCUCCAAAUCCAUGGAGACCUUUGAUUCCCUCACGGUUUUCACCGCCAAGGACUACAAUGCUACUAUCGAGUUCUACUGGGCACCGUUUCUUCUCGAAUCGAACUCGGAUAAUGCAGUUAUCCACAGGGUAUCGGACCGCCUCAUAAGGAAAGGUUCGAUUAAUAAGCACGGCAGACACUGGAAGGGAGUCGAUAUUUUGGUGUUCAACACGUAUCUUUGGUGGGUCAGCGGAGAUUCUAACAAGAUUCUGAAAGGGUCAUUUGAGGAUAAGGAGAAAGAUAUAGUGGAGCUGCCUACUGAUGCUGCAUACAGGAUGGCGAUGAAGAGCCUUGUGAGGUGGGUCGAGAAGAAUAUGGACCCGAAGAAGACUCGGGUCUUCUUCACUAGCAUGUCCCCGACUCAUGGAAAUAGCGCGGAUUGGGGCGACAAAUCUGGAGGGAACUGCUACAACCAGACGACCCCAAUCGAGGAUCCUGACUUCUGGGGCUCGGAUUCUCGGAAGAGCAUGAUGGCGAUACUCGGGGAGGUGUUCAGCAAAUCGAGGGUACCGAUCACGUUGCUCAACAUCACGCAGCUGUCGAGCUACCGGAAGGAUGCACACACAAUGAUCUACAAGAAGCAGUGGAGCACGCUGACGCCCAAGCAGCUGGCGAACCCCGUCAGCUACGCCGACUGCGUCCACUGGUGCUUGCCCGGCCUCCAAGACACUUGGAAUGAGCUCCUAUAUGCUAAGCUCUUUUAUUACUCAUAGCCACACAUACCCAACACAUUGAUGGAGAUUGGAAAAGGAAAAUUGUAAAUGAUGAAUGAAAUUGCUAAAUGAUCUGGUCUCACGGAAAAAAGGAAAUUCCCAUCUGUACUUCGCGGUUCCUUGGACCAGAUGUGGGCCUGAGUUUGGGCUGCGCUGAUGGGCUUUCAUUUCCAAGUUGGGCCCGGAGGAGUGGGGUAUCUCUAAAACUAAAAUGGCCUGGAGAAGGAUGAAUUUUUCUACUUUUGGGGGGUAAAUGAAGCAUGAAGAUUUGUUUGUACUUUGUACAUUGUCAUUAGUAUUGAUACUAGUCAUUUUUGCAAGAGAUUA